AUGGGGAACCAGGUGAGCAGCAAUUUAAAGCACGCAUUCCUCCUUGAACCCAGCAGCAAGAAGAAAACCCCCAGAAGGGCGGCGGCCACGGAACCCACCAAGCAAACAAUUGGGAUCCUCUCCUUCGAGGUCGCCAAUGUCAUCUCCAGAACCGUCCAUCUCCACAAAUCCCUCACUGAUUCAGAGAUCUCCAAGCUCAAAUCCGACAUCUUGGGCUCUCAGGGGGUCAGGAACUUGGUCUCCAACGACGAUUCCCGCCUUCUGGAGCUUGCCCUGGCCGAGAAGCUAGACGACCUCAACAGAGUCGCCGCCGUCGUCUCCCGCCUCGGCAAGAAGUGCGUCGAGCCGGCCUUGCAAGGGUUCGAGCACGUCUAUGGGGAUUUAAUUAGCGGCGCGAUUGAUGUGAAGGAAUUGGGGUUCUUGGUCAAGGACAUGGAUGCCAUGGUCAGGAGGCUCGAGAGGUAUGUCCACGCCACUGCUAAUUUGUACAGUGAAAUGGAAGUUCUGACCGAAUUGGAGCAAGCUACCAAGAAGUUUCAGAUGAACCAGCACGAGGAAAGCAGGAAAGCGUUUGAGCAGAAAGUGGUUUGGCAGAAGCAAGACGUUAGGCAUCUCAAGGACGUUUCAAUUUGGAACCAGAGUUAUGAUAAAAUUGUGGAGUUGCUUGUUAGAACUGUGUGUACUAUUUAUGCUAGGAUUUGUGCUGUGUUUGGUGAAUCCAUGUUGCACAAGGAGAAUAGUAGUUGUUCUAUCUCUUCCCUCUCUCCUAAUAGUAAGGAUGAAUGCUGGGAAGUUUCAGGGCAAGUUGAUUCCAGGAAGAAUGGAGUUUCCUCUGUGCUUGAAGCUGGUGAUGUCAUGUUUCCUUGUGGGGCGAGCCCUGGAAGGAUGUUCAUGGAGUGCCUUAGCUUGUCUAGCUCAGUGUCAAAGCUGGAUUACGACGAUGACGAGGAUGAUCAAAGCAGCCAAAUCUCAAGCUGCAAAAGCAGUAGUGGGGAUGAAAGGCAAGGGGAAACUAGCCCGUUUGGUGGACCGAAGAGCAGAUUGACCAUCUAUGCCCCUCAAAGCACACUCGGAGGGUCUGCUUUGGCAUUGCAUUAUGCCAACGUCAUAAUCGUGAUCGAGAAGCUGCUUCAGUACCCUCAUUUGGUAGGUGAAGAAGCGAGGGAUGAUCUGUACCAUAUGCUGCCAACAAGCUUGAGACUUUCACUGAGGAAGAAGUUGAAGUCGUAUGUGAAGAACUUGGCGAUCUACGAUGCCCCAUUGGCCCACGAUUGGAAAGAGAGCAUCGACGGGAUGCUGAAGUGGCUUGCUCCACUGGCACACAAUAUGAUGAGAUGGCAGAGCGAAAGGAACUUCGAGCAGCAUCAGAUUGUGGCAAAGAGCAAUGUCCUACUGCUCCAGACGUUGUACUUCGCUGAUAGAGCAAAGACAGAAGCAGCCAUAUGCGAGCUUCUUGUUGGGUUGAACUAUAUAUGCCGGUACGAGCAACAGCAGAAUGCAUUAUUGGAUUGUGCUAGUAGCUUCGACUUUGAAGACUGUAUGGAGUGGCAGAUGCAGUGUCGAGCUGCUUAUUUUAACUGA